UGCUUGUUGAACCUGGGCUGCCUGGUAGCACGAGAAGGUAAGCUAGUCGCCGCGCUGUGUAUUCUGGGAACACACAGUAGUUUCAAGAUGGCGGCGAGCAGGAGGCUGCACAAGGAACUUGAAGAGAUUCGCAAGUCUGGAAUGAAAAACUUCAGAAACAUUCAAGUUGACGAAACAAACAUAUUGACAUGGCAAGGGCUCAUUGUUCCUGACAACCCCCCUUAUGAUAAGGGUGCGUUCAGGAUCGAAAUCAUUUUCCCCGCCGAGUACCCCUUCAAACCUCCCAAGAUCACAUUCAAGACAAAGAUCUAUCACCCCAACAUCGAUGAGAAGGGGCAGGUGUGUCUGCCCGUUAUCAGUGCAGAGAACUGGAAGCCUGCCACCAAAACUGACCAAGUAAUUCAGGCCCUCAUUGCGCUGGUGAAUGACCCCCAGCCAGAGCAUCCCCUGAGGGCAGACCUAGCAGAAGAAUACUCAAAGGACCGUAAAAAAUUCUUUAAGAAUGCUGAGGAGUUUACAAAGAAACACGGUGAAAAGCGGCCAAUGGACUGAGCACCUGACGAGUGUGUAGCCCCUCCCUCUCUCUUUCUCAUCCUCUCUUCUAUCUCACCUCCCAACCAAAUAUCGAUCUUCCUCCUGCCUUCUUGCUCUACCUACCCGCCCCAUCUUACCCCGCCCUGUUAAUGCUCCCCCUCCCCCCCACACUGGUCCUCCCAGCAGCCCAGGAGCAGCCCAGCUGAAAGCCAGGCAGUGGCAGCCUCAGCCUCCCUCCCCAUCCAGGAGUCUCUGUGGAACAGACAGCUUCCUCCUCUUCCUCCUCCUCCUCCUCUUGGCCACAGAGCCCCUGGCCAUUACUAACUUUCUACUCUUUUCUUAAAUUUAAAAAAAAAGAAAAAAACAUGGAAAAGGAAUAAAGAGUUAAGGGAACAUCGUGUUCAGAUGGAGAACUAAGAGUUAAGAGAUGGAAAUACUCAAGUAAUGUAUUAAUCUUCUGUUUGCUUUUCCUCUCUAUACACAAUUAUUGAGUGGUAGGCCUUUCAUAUAGACCUAAUUUUUCUGAAAGAUUUUAUUUUUGCUGAGCAGGAAAACGUGGUUUGGGUUUUUUUUUUUUCUUUUUGUUUUUUUUUUUUUUUUUGCCCCAUCAUCAAUGCUCGAUGGUAAAAAGAAAAUGUCUUUGAGCAAACUAAAAAUGAACAGAAGAUGUAGCUAAGACCUGGAGGUGUGUGCUGACCUCUCUGCUUCUGGACUUGCACUGUAUUCUGUGGAACAAGCCCUCUCACGUCUCCUUCCCCACAGUUUGUAACCCACUGAGCAGAAACAACCACAGAACGGCAGCCUAAUACAGCCUAUAUAUGACACCCACUGUUCUUCAUCACAUCGUCUAAAAUGUUAAAUAAUGUUCUGUGAUUAGGUGAUAUUGAAUAUUCCCCAAUGCUCCAGAGUAGAAAACGAGGGGCCCAAAUCUACUAGACUUAAGUUUCUUGUGCCAAAUUCUACGGCACUGUCCCUGAGUGUUCUGAGACAAACUUUGUGAGGUUUUUGUAAUGGAGUUCAGUUCGACCUUGUUUCAGUCCAUAGCGUUAAUAGGCAGGUUUGCAUGAGAAGUAGGAAUUAGGAUUUCCUCUUUAUUUUAACCCCUUUUGCUUUCUAAACUUUAAAUUAUUUCAAUUGGCACUUGGCACAUAAACCUGGCAAAAGUGGGAAGACCCUCCCUAUUUCUUAUUGAUUUAAGCCUACCACGCAUGCUGCUUCACAGACAAUUGGGCACCCUGAUGUAUUUCCCUGUAGCACACAAACACGUUUAACAGAACCCUUUACCACACAGACCAGUAUAGACCAGUCAGCUGCUCUGCUGAAAGGGACCUAACUGUUGGGGUGGGGGGGAGCUGGAGAAGGAUCCAGUCAGCUGGAAAGAAGAGAAGCUCCCAGAGGUGGUCCUUGAACCAAGCACCUUGAAGGCAGCUGGGAGAGGGCUGGCUGUCCAGGGAUGUGUCAGGACAUGGAAAGGGACUGGAGCGGCCAAAAACCCACGUGUAACAGCUAUAUGAUCUGGUCCCAAUAUUGUUUCAUAAUAAAGAUGGCUAACCAUUUGGCCUCACUGUCUGCCUAGUGGUGCAGUGGA